GUUCUGGUCCCGUGUAAAAGCCCCGCGGAGAGGCCGGCAGAGAGAGAGCAUUCCCGGAUCUGCACCAUGUCUCUGUACCGAAACUCCGCCUGGUUCCUGAAGGGGCUCACCGAGUUCACCAGGAGCGCCUUCCUGUCGGCCUCCAAGAGCUUCGUGGAGAAGGACCUGGAGGCGUCUUUAGCCGGACGUUCCUUCAUGAUAACGGGAGCUAACAGCGGCAUCGGGAAAGCCACCGCCAUGAACAUCGCUAAGAAAGGAGGAACGAUCCACAUGGUCUGCAGGAACAAGGACAAGGCCGAAGAGGCGAGGGCCGAAAUCGUCAAAGAGACGGGAAAUAAAGAGGUGUUCGUCCACAUCCUGGACCUUUCUGAGACUAAGAAGGUCUGGGAGUUUGCCGAGGGGUUCAAAAGAAAAUACAAGACCCUCAACGUGCUGAUUAAUAACGCAGGCGCCAUCCUGAGUGAGAGGGAGGUGAACACUGAAGGUCUGGAGAAGAGUUUUGCCACCAAUGUCCUCGGGGUUUACAUUCUCACCAAGAGUCUGAUUCCUCUCCUGGAGAAGAGCCCAGACCCCAGAGUGAUCACGGUGUCUUCGGGGGGGAUGUUGGUGCAGAAGCUGAGGACAGGAAACCUCCAGUCAGAGAGAGGACACUUCGACGGGACCAUGGUGUACGCCCAGCACAAAAGGCAGCAGGUGGUGAUGACUGAGCAGCUGGCAACGACUCACACUAACAUCCACUUCUCUGUCAUGCACCCAGGCUGGGUGGACACACCAGCGGUGGCCAAUGCCAUGCCAGACUUCCACCGCUCGAUGAAGGAGAGCCUCCGGGCCCCUGAGCAGG